CCAGCUCACUCGCUAAACUAACCCGUCCCAACCCUUCGAUCCUCCAUCCCUCGACCUUCGGCCAGCAAAGCAACAUCCACGGCCGCAACCUCCUUUCACACCGACUCCGUGUAGCAGUUGUUCACUUUUUUUUUUUUUUCCGAAAACGCCAACUUCGUCCGCCAGUUACGUGGCCCGGUGGCGAAAGGGGAAGAGGAACCACAGCCGAAGAGAGAUCGCAGCCGUUACGGUGGGUAACACCUUGUUUCAUCGGGAACGAGAGACGCCGAACGCGUCGCGAAGACUCGACCGACGAGAGCAUGCGAGAUUAAAACCCGGACCUCGACGCAACUGGCCCGACGUCUACGUAAGCGAAAACCACACGACGCUCGGACACUCGAGGUGUAUACCAGCAGCGGCACCCUUGCCGUUGGACGUCGAUCGACCCGAGCGUUGUUUUCGCCCGACCGUCGUCGCAGCCGCACACCGAACACCAGCAACAAUGCUAGCCGACUAGUUCGCACCAUUUUGUGUUCGCGUGAUAGAACGAGGGACAGUAAACGUUCCCGUUUCCCGUGAAACUGGACCGCGGAUACCAGCGUCUACCCACGACGCCUCGACUCUGUCCUUGACGAAGAGCAUGUGCGACUGGACGGGAUUCCUUUGAACUGACAGGGAAGGUUAUCCGUUUGAUCGUAACGCAUGAGAAAGAUUCCUGGUUGGAAAUAAGGAGAGGAACCCUCGACAGGGCACCCAGUCACAGAAGCAAGUAUUUCGCACAAACCAUAAAAAAGAAAAAAAAAAAGACACGCACAAUUACGCACACGCGCGCGUGUAUCGCAACUGCACCUCUUUUUGCCCGAUAAUUAUCUCCUGUAAUUAUAUCUGUCUCUAUCUAUCUCUCUCUCUGUGUCACACUUUAUUGUUCUCUCUGUUAUGAUCGAUGUGUGUAACACCUGUGUUGUACCUCUUCUUCUUCACCAAUUCUUCGACACGCACUCUCGCCCUGUUACCUGGUGUCUAAUUAAUUCCCUUCUUCGCACCCACCUAUGUUAUAUUGGGAGCACGGUUUUGCACAUUUUUCGGGCACCUGUUGAUCUCUCACUCGUCCUACAUAGCCAGUUUUCCGCACUCUAAAGUCGUUCGGGGGGAGUUCGAUGUGGUCGCUGCACGCCGUUGUCGUCGCCGCACGUAGAAACCCGGGGUUCUCGACGGCACUCUAGCACCAGCACACCGGAAGUCGUGCGACCAACCGGGACCGAGUCGUAAGUUUCGUUUAAAGAAACGUAGAGGAUCCGAGAGAGGGAAGAGUCAACUGUCGUAACGAGGAAGUUUAAGUAAAAGAUCGUGGGAUCGUUGCUGGAAGCUAUGGGAGCGAGGAUCGGAAGAAACAGGGGUAAGCGAGCGAACGGAAGACCCAGGAGAAAGAUAGUUCGAUUACGAGUACGUAACUGUGACCGAUCGAUCGGGUUUCAUUGUUGACCAUGUAACGUCGAGCACCUUAAAAAGCAUCAGCACCAGCACCUCCGAUCACGGCACCUCCGACACCACAUUCAAAAUCCCACUCUGGCCACCGAUCGUCAGCUUGUUCCUUACAUAACCACCUGAUUUCAGGACCAGGAAACGUUUCAAUUAGAAAAGGAAAGGAACGCUCGACACGCGGGUGUAGAGAGUUAGAAGACUAUCCGGAAUCAUCAUCUCUUGUUCCUAUAAUUCCCGAGGAGUAUUAAGAGUGCUGCUUGUACACUGCGCUUUUAAGAAACGUCAUCUCCCCAUGUGACGCUGCUUGCCGACAGGGUUAUCGAUUGAUCGCCGGUCAUCGCUCAUCGUCCGCGUUUUCUUCCCUCGAGUCGCGCCCCCGCUCGCUCGUUCCCUUUCCCCGUCCAGCCUGUAAACAAAGAAACGAGAAGAAGUAGUCGGCCUAAACCGCGUGGAAAGUAAAAGAAACAGUGCGUCGUGCCUUCCGAUUCGCCACCGAAGGGUUGAUCUGCCUUGUCAGAAGGGGCGCGGGUGACUAGUAUCAAGCCUCCGUCAGUCGUCGUCAACCAUAUACGGUUGGACGACGCAACGUAGGACAGAUAUAUGAUGGCGGUGUGCAUGUUCUGGCUUCUCACGUACGUGGGACAAGGUUUGGAUCUCGCGGUGGGCAAUCGACCGGUGAUCGUCAUGCAAGGGGCGCAACAGGAACAGGACUACCGGCACGGUAGCGGCGGAAUACGAAAGAAGAGCGAGCUAAGCUCGUCGGUUGGCAAUAACCUGUUGCACUUCAGGAUAUAUCCUCCCGAUGCGUCUCACCGGGACGACCUGUCCAAUUGGUUGCUGUUGAACGACGAGCCGCGUAUCUCGUCGUGGACACCGGCCGGUAUAUUGAUCGACGAUAUGAUCAGAGAGCCCAGAGAGCUUCAGACGGUAUUCUUCGCUCUGUCACCGGCGAUGCUGAACGUACUCUACUCGGAGUACAUGAACAACGCAGCGCAGAACGGCGAACAGUUGAUUCACCCGGUCGAGGAUCAACCGAACGGCCAUAUAGGGCAGCAACGAAUGAAGAAGCUACGAAUCGAUUGCAGACACUCGAGGAACACGGUCAGUUUACCUAUCAGGGUGUGCGACGACGAGACCGGACGAAAGACGUUACAGGAUACCAGACAAUCCAACUACGACGAUCUAUUCGAGCAGAAGAAAUUCAACGCUGCUGCGAACCUGAAGACUGAUCCGAUACCACGGACGGAGAAACCGAGGGAUUAUCAGAGCCCGGGUUUCAUAGCCAGGCCACCGUUUCCGUUGGACGGCAACAAGCUUCCUGGAAAGAGAAGCCAAAUGCCGGUCGGACGACGCUCCAUCGACCUACCCGGUGAAGCCGCCCAGCAUCAAGCUCAACCUCCGUCAUCCCCAGGGAACACCGUUGCUUCUCAACUUAUGCUCAGAUCGACCAGAGGUAGCAUACAGUACGACGUGCCGCAGAUCGAAUGUCCAAUGUCAGAAGAUGGGAUGGAAAGGUUCGCGUGUCCCACUGCAGACAGAAUGGGUAGAUAUCACUGCAUCGACGAUCACGCCUUGUGCGACGGUUUCAUAGACUGCCCUACAGGCGAAGACGAGGACAGACAAGCCUGCAUGUUUUACAAAACUACGAAAGCUCACCUUGACGUAUUGGCUGAUGCCAUUUUGCGAUGGGCAAGAGGACGCUAAUUCCUUUGUUGACGACGAACCUCUGACCUAUGCAUAAAAUCAUAAGUCUGACGAGUUUACUUCUUUAUACAUUCAUCUAUAUAUAUAUAAAUAUAAUAUAUAUGAUAUGUAUAUGAUAUAUUCUCAUAUAUGCGUACGCGUACACAAUCUCUCGUGUACACGCGCACAUAAACGUGGGUUUUCGUUUCGUUGCCAGCGAGUAUUUCUCUUGCGAGCGACAGGUGAAUGGGGAUGAAUGGGGAUGAAGGUUUUUCCUUCGAUUUUCUUUUAUCAAAUAUACAAUCGUGCGGGUCGAGCUCUCUACCUCAUUGAUCUUAAACAUAUCAAAUCUAAUCCUCGAAUUUAAAAAGGAAGAAAGAAAAUUGAUAGAAAAUUCAAUAUUGGAGUAUAUCUAGUUUAGAAUUAACGAGUAAAUAAUUCCUUUAAUUAGCUCGUAGUAUUAAGUUAAUAUCUGAAUUUGUAAGUGGUACAGGAAAAAUGAAUCUUGUAAUUCCAAACGGAAUUCAAUAUUUAUUUAGACUAUGAGAGUACUUAAAUUGAUUUUAAAUUAGAGGUAAAUUAGUGUUUAGCGUUAAGCCAGUAUAUUUGAACGAGCAAUGAAAAAUGGGUUGAAAAUAAUACAGAAAGUUCAAUCUUGGAAUUUCUAGUGGGAUUCAAAUUCAAUUUACCCUUUUUCUUUUUAUAUCACAGAUUGAUCUGGAUACAAAGACACUCAUCCCCAUUUCAAAUGGGGUGGUAUUUAACACGUUGACUGUCCUGUCACCCCUGAUGCGGAAGUGACGCUUAAAAUUCAAUUUUUUGACUCGCCUAAUUAGUGAAAAAUUAUUUUCAAAGAAUUUCUUCGUAAAUAAAGAUACCACCUAAGGAAACUUCCAACAGUCGAGGCAGUCAACGUGUUAAUCCAUCGAAAGAGCUUCCGGGGAAAGCUUCUCUCUUCGGGAAAUCCGCUCGCUAGACGAACGCCGGCUGAUAAGAGAUUCGAACACCCUGCUCGCAUUCUCCCCGUUCUCCCGCAUCGUCUAUUUUGCAGACAGUUCUCCUCCCUUUUUCCCCCCGCGGUAAUUCGUAAAGAAAUUAAAAAAAAAAAAAAAAUACAC